GUGACCAGUGAGCAGUCAGCUGAGGGAGUAUAAAAAUACCCCGAGGGUCUAAAGUCUCAGACAGACUGACUGACAGCUGUCAGUUGCAUGCACUGUUUGUCUUCAUCAUUAUUAUCCUCUGGAUCACCGAACAGAAAUAGAGACUCAUCUUCCUCCUUGGCAGUUUAACUUGUAGUUGGCCAAAUGCAUCGGUUGUGGUUAAGUGGAGCGUUGCUGCUGUGUUGGGCAGCAGUAUGUGUGUCUGGGAUGAGGAGAGAAUACUUCCUUAAGAUAGAAGAGGUGUCUUGGAACUAUGCCCCAAGCGGGAUGAACUUAAUUCAAAACCGUACUCUGCAGGAAGAUGAAGAAGCUGCAGUGUAUUUAAAGAGAGGCCCCCAGCGUAUCGGCUCCACCUACAAGAAGGCUGUGUAUAAGCAGUACAGCGACGCCACCUACAGGACUGAGGUGAUAAAACCGAACUGGCUGGGCUACCUUGGACCCCUGUUGAUGGCUGAGGAGGGAGACACAUUGAUCGUCCACCUGAAAAACAUGGCAACCAGACCUUACAGCAUCCACCCGCAUGGAUUGAACUAUAGCAAGGGAAAUGAGGGAGCCCUAUACCCAGAUGGUACUGGUCCAGAGCUGAAGCGUGACGACUCAGUGCCUACUGGUACAACAUUUACCUAUGAUUGGACCCUCCCAGAGAGACAGAGCCCAGCAUCAGAUGACAGCAACUGCGUGACCAGAUUCUACCACUCCCACGUGAGCCCACCAAAAGACAUCCCAUCAGGACUGAUAGGACCCCUCAUCACCUGUAAGACAGGAACUCUGGACUUGCAUGGAGACAGGUCAGGAGACUAUCUGUUCGCUCUGCUCUUCUUGGUGUCAGAUGAGAACUCCAGCUGGUACUUGGAUGACAACAUCAGGACGUACAUUAGGGCUCCUGCUGCAGGCCUGAAGGAGGAUGCAGAUUUCAUUGAGAGCAACAAAAUGCAUGGUAUAAACGGUUUUCUGUAUGGUAACCUGCCUGGACUGAGCAUGUGCCAAGGCAACAAGAUCCACUGGCACUUGAUUGGCUUAGGCAAUGAGGUGGACAUGCAUUCAGUUCAUUUCCAUGGCCAGAUUCUGACCCUUCAGAACCACCACACAGACACAGUCAGUCUUUUCCCCGCCUCCAGCAUUAUGGCUGAAAUGAUGGCUGACAAUCACGGAGACUGGCUGCUAACGUGCAACGUUAAUGACCAUUUCAUGGCUGGAAUGCAGGCUAUAUUUGAGAUCAAGAAGUGUUUCCCCAACGUCCAUAAGCCCCGGCCACACGGUGAGCUCAGACCGUUCUUUAUUGCUGCUGAAGAAGAAGUCUGGGACUACGCUCCUACGCCGCCUACUGAUGGUGAAGCAGACAUGUUUGUAACCAGAGGACCAAACCGUAUUGGAAGCCGCUAUAAGAAGGUCCGCUAUGUGGAAUACACUGACAUCACCUUCACAACAAAGAUGCUACGCAGCCCAAAGGAGGAACACCUUGGAAUUCUGGGUCCUGUGCUGCGAGCUGAAGAGAAAGACACCAUCAAGGUGGUGUUUAAGAACAAAGCCAGCCGGCCUUAUAGUAUACAACCCCAUGGUGUUGAGUACAGUAUCGAACAGGAUGGGACGCUCUAUCACAAUGAAGUAGAAGAGACCCAUACAGCGAAGAAACUGCGGGAGCUAAAGAAGGAACCAAGAGUGCUGACCCCUUCCCCAGCUGCUCUGGUCAGACCUGGGACGAUGCACACCUAUGAGUGGACGGUGCCAGCGGGUGCUGGUCCAGUAGAAGGGGAGGCUGACUGUCUGUCCUAUCUGUACUACUCUGGAGUGGACCCUGUUAAAGACACCCACUCUGGACUGGUUGGACCGCUCCUUAUCUGUCGACCUCGAUCACUUAAAAAAGGACAACAGAAAAACUACGACAAAGAGUUCCACCUCAUGGCCACAAUAUUUGAUGAGAACCUGAGCUGGUAUCUGGACGACAACAUUAAGUCCCUAAGCACUGUUCCCUCUGCUGUUAACAAGGAAGAUGAGGGCUUUAUAGAAAGCAACAAGAUGCAUGCCAUCAAUGGCUUUGUGUAUAGGAACCUCCCAGGCCUGACCAUGUGUAAGGGGGAUAAAGUAUCGUGGCACGUGUCAGGACUGGGUUCAGAGACGGACAUCAUCAGCCUUUACUUUGAAGGAAACCGCUUCAUCUACCGCCAGAACAGACGAGACACCAUUAAUGUCUUCCCUCACAUCUCACACACUGUCACUAUGGAGCCAGACAGCAUGGGUCAGUUUGAAGUGGUGUCAGCCACAGUGAACCAUUAUCAGGGUGGGAUGAGAGCCAACUACACGGUAAAGAAAUGCAGCAUGCUUCAGCGUCAGGGUGAGAUUAUGCUUCACUCAAAAACCUAUUACAUCGCUGCCAUGGAAAUGGACUGGAACUACUCUCCAAACCGCACUUGGGAGGCUGAGAUGUACCCUGGUCUGGAUAACCCUGCUCAUGUCUACCUGGACCAGCAGGGUGGGUUUAUAGGCCCCCGUUACAAGAAGGUGCUCUACCGCCAGUUCACCAAUAACAAGUUCACCAAGCAGGUGGAAAGAACAGCCGAUAUGGAACACCUCGGCAUUAUGGGUCCAAUGAUUCAUGCUGAUGUGGGAGACAAGGUGACAGUGGUUUUUAAAAACAUGGCAUCCAGGCCUUAUUCUAUCCACGCACAUGGAGUCAAGACAGAAAACCCAGAUGUUCAUCUCACCCAACCAGGUGAGACUCACUCCUACUACUGGUACGUUAAUAAGAAUACAGGACCAACCCCAGAGCAGGAAGAGUGCUCUGUGUCAGCGUACUACUCCACUGCUGAUGUUAUCAAGGACCUGUACAGCGGUCUGAUUGGUCCGUUGGUGAUCUGUCGUCGUAGUUGGGGCAGGACUCUUGGUAUGAAGAAGGAAGUAGAAGAGUUUGUGCUGCUUUUCCUGAUUUUUGAUGAGAAUUACAGCUGGUACCUGGAUGAAAAUAUCAGGACCUACAUCAGUAACCCUCGCACAAACUUGAAGGAUGAUGCAACCUUUAUAGAGAGCAACAAGAAACACUCCAUUAAUGGUUAUGUGUAUGGCAAUCUGAAUAGUUUGAAUAUGGAGGUGGGUGAUAAGGUGUACUGGUACCUGAUGGGAAUGGGCAAUGAUGUGGACAUACACACUGCACACUGGCAUGGACACAGUGUGGAAUACAAGCUGGGCGGAGGUCCUCAUCGAACUGAUGUGUAUGAGCUGUUUCCAGCUACCUUCCAGACAGUAAAGAUGCGCGCUAUGUAUCCUGGUACCUGGCUGCUCCACUGUCACGUCAUUGACCACAUUAAAGCUGGCAUGGAGACGACGUAUACUGUUACUGAGAAAGAAAAGAAGAAGGGAUUAUUUGGCUGAACAGUUGAGAAAACUCCAGAAAGACAACAGCGGAGAAAUUGAAUUUUAGUACCGAAUUCACUAAACGUUGUAUGUAAAAUCUGCUAAAUAUGAUAAGUAACUAAGAUAAUUACAGCUCAGAAUAAAACACAACCACCCAAGAGCCAUGUAAUAUAACAAUUGCAUUUGAAACUGUCUAACUGCUUUUAUAUUUUUCAAAUGACACUGAAGAAUGUAAGAAUACAAAUUUAACAGUUUUAUAAUGACAGCAGGCAGGCAGCAGGGGGCUCUGUAGCCUGACAGCACAUUGUCACUGCAU